AUGGCGACUUCUGAGCUUGUGUGUCUCAAAAGCCCAGAUAUGGCGGAUGUUGAGGAAAUAGUUGAUGUCAUUGCAGUACCAGGCAUAUCAGAUCACAAUCAGUCAGGAUGGUUCGGAUAUGACUCUGGCCCCAACGAUGAUCUCACAGCAGAGCCACAAGGCUACCAUAGUAUAAGAGUAUCACUAUUCAAGUACGAUCUUCAGAAAAUUUUCAUUCGGCCAGGAAUUCAGACUAUUGCCGCCGAGCUACUUGACGCGGUCUCAAAGCUUGAGGCAAAUGCAACCAUGAAACGAAAUCUCUUUUUUAUUUGCCAUGAUAUAGGCGGCACAAUUCUGAAAGAGGCCCUUCUCAUGUCUGCCUCGGAUGAGUCAAGAUUUCCAGCCAUUGCCUCUUUACCAUGUUAUGUCGUGUUCGACCCUUACGAAACGACUAUUUCUAUGAGGUCUAAUGGAGAUGACUACAGACACUACCAAAUUGGAUCGCCUUCGCCUCACUCUUCACUGUUCGACGGCAAAGUCCUUUCAAUGGCAGCAGUGUUCUUACCUUCUAAAGUUUACGGCAACAACAAACUACAUAGCCGCCACCCUACUGCAAAGAUGUGGAUGUCGCUAGGGUUUCAUAAAAUAAUCGACCCCGGUACUGCCUCGCUUCAGCCACUCCCCAAGUCAGUUUCAACUGCAAUUAUAGCGAGAAGGCUAAACGACAAGUCAGUCUACUUCGCUUUCCAUGAACCAAAUGACGUUGCAGGGCUAUUUUCUUCUAUUCGACAACACUUGUUUCAUAAUGGCCCUCAUGAAGAACAAUUACGUCAAACAUUUGAGUUCAGGGAUUGGGAUAUACGUUGUAACUCGGUGGAAUCCAUGUUUUGUACUUUCUUUGCUGGCCUUCCUCGCCGGUUUUGGCAGGGUACUUUCGACGGUAUUUAUGCCAAUGCCAUGGGAUCUCACGCAUGGUCUUGUCGACUUCUUCUCUCAGCCUUCUAUGACCUUCUUUCAGACAAUGCACGCAGUCAACCUGACUUCAGUAUUACAUGGAUCUUGGUUAACUUCGACGCUCGAAUCACUUCAUACCAUUGGCUUUUAUCCUCCUUGUGCGAACUCCUAAAACAUUCCGAGCUUCCAUUUACACUCAUAAUUAUCAACAGCAACCCGCUCGACCUGCACCCUUAUGAAGAUUGUUUCGAGAUUAUGUCUUUGGAUGGGGAUAUUCCCAACGUUAUGUCCGAGGGAGACAGUUCAGUCAUGCCUAUUGCAAACAGCUCAAACGCGGGCAUUCAACCUCAGAGUCCAACAACGCAGGAGCCAAAACACGGCCAAGCUCAUAGAAGCGAAAUCACUUAUCAGAGACAAGAUACAUUUGGAAUUGGUAGCGAGCUACUGAAUCUUGUAGUUGAGGCUCCGAGCCUGUACCCCGUCCAAGAGCGUUUGUCGCAGUUGGUUAAUGGAUGGAGCGAAACAUCGAGACAUCGAAAACUCUUCUUCGAAUGGGCCAGACUUCGUAAGAACCAAAUGUCACCGGCCAAUGUGGAUCAGAUUCAAAAUAUUUCACCUUUAACUGAAUUCGAUCUUUUCCGACACAUCUGGUUGCCAUCAAAAUCUUUCAAGGUCGUUCGCGAACAGACUUUCGUGGCCGCCAGGUUACUUUGCCAUACUUUCCAUCCGCUCACAAUCAAAGAUAUCAUCUUUCUGGAGCAGAAGACCGACUACGGAACGAGGGUCGGCUACCGGCAAGAGGAUGAAUGUUGUGGCUCCUCUUCGAGAACAUUAUAUCUCCUUACCGGAGUGAUAGAUGUUUGCCAGAACGAGGUCCAGUUUCGGGAUCCAAGUUUUCGGGACUAUUUUAUUUCUGAAAUAUUGGCGAAUUAUGACGGGCCUAUCAUUUCCGCUGAUAACUUGUCAAGGCAGACUCAUGCUCAACUAGCCGAGUGGUGCUUGCGACGCAUUAAUCUCAUUACUCCUCAAGAAUGGUCAAAGUUCCGAGUAGUUGAUGAAGGUUCUGCUGUUCUUGAUUAUCAUAGCAGAUUUCUCUCCUACGCGAUCAAGUAUUGGCUAAAACAUGCCCAGAGAGCAGAUGACUACAUGGAAACUGCCUUGUCGAAGCAACCAAUACUUCAUGACAGCGAUCUGCUACAAGAAUGGGCAAAAGCAUACUGGAGUGUCUUGAAUCCAGCAACACGAGGCAAGAAUAACACUGUGACACCGCUAGCAAUCUUCGCCCAACAUCAGGCAGAGUCGCUCUUCCUCGAUAAAAUGUCUCGUUAUGAGGAAGAUCCUGGCUUCAAAGACAUGUGGCUGGAAGCACUACAAGCUUGCGUCAGAGAAGGCAACCUCACUCUUGUUCAGGAACUAAUAUCUCCUGGGCUACCUGGAGAUACCAAGCUAGAUGACAUAUUACUUUGGUGUUUUCCUUCACAAAAUGAUCUUGUAGUGCGGGAAAUCAUGGAAAUGGCCAUGAAGCAAUCUAUCGGAUUCCAGGAUCCUUUCAAUACUCUAGGAUGGGCAGCUUAUCAUGGACUCCGUGAUGUUGUACAGAUGCUCAUACCACUAAUGCCAGAGGACCAAACAGCGAUCUCAGGUUGCACCUCGGUCAACUUAGCGUUAGCAGGCUCCAGAAUGGAUGAGCCAACUGGUUUGGAGAUCGUGACUCUUUUAGUAAACGCCAAUUAUCCCCUGACAGGAUCACUAAGUAAAACGACGAGUUUCUCAGCCCUUGAUGAGGCCUGCAAACUCGGCAUUCCAAGCGUCGCAACGUUCCUCGCCAGAUCCGUCUUAUCUAGCAACUCCGAUUCUAGCAGCGCCAAUGAAGGGCGGCCUUCUUGGUUCUCUUCCGCUAUUGAGUGUACGCUUAGGGGAACACACAAUACAACCCUCAGGCUUUUACUUGACAUGGGUUUGGAUCACGAUUGGCUUGACUUUACGUGGCUGAGUAGCUUAAUGGAAGUUAUCCGGCCUAUGCACCUGUGGCAAUGCUGCAAGACACUUAGCUCGUAUGCGGUCACGAUUGCCGGUGAUUCAGAAAGCGUGAGGACCUCUGCGGCGUCAAUUUUGCACGAGGCUUUCAUUAAUGGUUCAAUUGCUGUUCUUACAGAUUUGUUAAGUUUGUGGGGCGGUAUCAAGUCUUCAGAAUUUCCAAACAUGCUAGAGCCUGUCAUUCGUGCCGGAAACGGUGCAUUUGACACUUUGAACCUUCUCCUGCAUGAAGGAUCUACUCAAUGCGAUGAAGAUGCUUAUGUUCGGCUUCUGAAAAAACAUCUGAGCGAUGCAGUGGAUCAUGGGAAUACCGAACUUGCUCGACUUUUGAUUAGCAAAGCGCCAAUUGCCGACACCAAGAUGCCAUCAGGGCGAUCUAUACUACAUCACGCUGUGUACAGUGGUUGUAAAGAUAUGGUCGACUUGUUGAUCCAGUCAAACGCAAACUUCAAUGUCCGUGAUGAGAAUGAUAAUUGGUAUCCUAUCCAUUGUGCAUAUGAUAACCCGAAUAUAUUGAAAGCUCUUCUCACGGGAGGUGCAGAUACAAGUGUCAAAUCGAACGACGGACAAACUGUGUUAUUCUUGGCCUGUCGAUGGAAUCCAGAGUCAGUCAAGUUGCUUUUGGAGCAUGGGUCAAAAGCUUGUUGCUUUGUCUAUAAUAUGACUGAGCUGUCUACUUCGGUGCAAUCCAGAAACGAGGAUCUUGCGUGCAUGUUGCUUGAAUGUGGCGCGGAUCCCCUCGAGUACUCCGCCAAACAGCUUGACCACCCAUUGCUUCAUACUUGUGUAGCAAAUAAUCUACAUCGUCUGCUGAAGAUGCUACUUCUUUACAACUUUCCAAUCGACGAGAAGGACAAUUAUGGAAAUACGGCCUUCAACAGCAUUACAAACAAGACCAGCGUUCCAGUUUUAGAAACUCUCAAAACCCGGGGCGCAUCAACUGAUAUCGCAAACGGGGACGGAGAGGUACCUCUGUGCAACGCAAUCAGAUCCUCCAAUGAACCUGUUUUUAAGUGGCUUAUCGAACAAGGUGUAAACAUCAAUGUCAGUAUCGGCAAGCAAGGGUCGAUUCUUCACAUAGCAUGUUCCGAGGGAAGUCUCGAGAUGGUGAAGCUGCUUUGCAAGAACAACGUGAACCUCUCCUCGGUCAACCAUGAAAACAGCACUCCACUUCACGAAGCUCUUCUUCGCUCGGGCAACAACAAAGAGGCUAUCGUCAACUACCUACUCACAAUGAAGGGAUUUGAUGUCAACCAUAGCAGCGACAGAUUAGGCGGCUGUUUAAACAUAGCAUGUCUUAACACCGAUAUCAACGUAGUUGAAGCUUUAUUGGAGAGAAACGCGAUUGUGGAUUCAAAAGACAAGAUGGGGAGAGCGCCAAUACACUUUGCACUUUACCGAACCACUGCUUAUAUUGAGAUUCUCCUGCAAGCGAACGCCACUCUCGAGACUAACGAUCUCAUGGAACGAAACGCACUACACUUUGCAGUGGUCAGCGGACGACUCGAUGUCGUGACUUAUGUCCUAGAUCGGUACCCAGAAUACAUUCAUCGGACAGAUAUUGAUGGUUGGUCACCGCUUAUGUGGGCUGUAAGGAUCUGCGGAGAAUGGGAUACGCAAGAAGACGAGCGCACUAAGAUCAUGUCAGAACUAAUUGCACGAGGUGCAAACCCGCAUAUUUCUGGCGAAGGACUUGAUCAAAAGUGGACAGCGUACGAUCUGGCUUAUUAUUAUGGCCAUGGCCGAGACGUGAUCGACCUUCUGGGACCAAAAGAUGAAUCAAUCCAACGUAGAGAGCUGCAAGACAAAGAUCUUGACAACCAGAGAGCUGCAAAAAAGAUCGAGUACAGUUUCUGCGACGCAUGCUUAAUGAACAAUUAUGGACUUAGGUUUCAUUGCGAUGUGUGCUGGGAUUUUGAUCUCUGUUUCAAGUGCUAUCGCUCUCAAAACAUUAUUCACCCUAAGCAUAGCUUUACUAAUCCUAGCGGCUGUUGUUUGUAUGCACAGGACCCAUCAACAGAUGGAAGCUCGUCAGAUUCGGAUAGUACAGAAGAGGAUACAAAUGGCGAGGAAGAGGGCGAUGGUUCCGGGGGUGGUUCUGGGGGUGGUUCUGGGGAUGGGUCUGAUGAUGGAUCAGACAAUGAUUUGUGCUGA